AAAAAAAAUGUUAAAAGAUAGUACUAUAUUUUAGAAUUAUACACAAAGCACAACAGUCAGCUGCUUAUUCUUAUUCGUUCAACCAGAAGUGGUGGUCUCACCUUGAAAAUGUUACAAAAUGAAAAUUCCGUAAGAGAACUAAUUUUCAAGUUGAAGUGGUUGAGCUUUCAUCAAUCAGGAAAAAGUUCCUGUUUGUCCUGCACUCUUCGAGGCUGCUCCUUGUUCAAAUGAUUACAAACCCACGACAAUGACUCCUUCCUUCCUUCCUCUCAUUUUCAAAGUCUUUCCUUACCUGCUCCAUUUUCAGACCAACCAAACCUAAACCAACAAUUAAAUUAAUCCCUUAAUCAGACAACAAUAAAAGUAAACAAAGAAGGAAAAAAUAGGAUCUAUCUUCAUUUUUUUCUGCAAUCAAACAACCCCUCCUAAAUCUCAAAACUCUUCCAGGUAAGAGGCUGGAGUUAGAUAUUCCAUGGACCGGUUAGUGAAAGCAGAUGUGAAAGAAGUAGAAUUAGUCUUUAAGAGAGGUCAAAAGAGCACUUCGACAUUCCGUUUAACAAAUCUUAUGCAUACCAUGUCCGUGGCGGUUUCUUUAACCACCCAAAACCCAUCUUUCUUCUCCUUUAACAAACCUUUUUCCAUAAUCCCACCUCUCUCAUCUUCAUCCUACACUCUUUUCCUCUCUCAGCCGUCUGAUCAACCUCCCUUGACCAGUCCUCCUGAUGCCAUCACCGUUAAAACCGCCAUACUUCCUUUAGGCAAGGCCCAUCUUGAUGAUCUCCGCCGCCUGUUCUCCAAGCCUGGACGCCACAUAUUCAAAGACGCUACUUUACCUAUCUCCUUUGUGGGUCCUCAUGUGAUUGAACAUCUGAUUUCUUGCCAUAACCAUAUCGGAGAAACUGAUCUCUUUUUGAACAAAGCAAUUUCUGGGUGUACUGGGAAUCAGCUCACAGGGUUACUCAAAUCUGCUGUCGUUUCAGGGAAAGCUAAUUUCGUUUGUACCUUGAUUGAUCAUGGUGGAGAUGUUAAUGAUAAGGACUCUAAAGGAAGGUCCUUGAUCGCCCUAGCUGUUGAAGCUGGAAAUUUUGAUGUUGUCAAUGUCUUGAUUUCUUCUGGUUGCGAAAUUGAUAAUUCAGCUGAUCAUGUUUUGCACUAUGCAGCAGCAAUAAAUAGAGUAGAUUUGAUAGAGGUCUUAUUUCGAGCAUAUAAAAAUGUAGAAUUGAAUUCUGUUGAUUUUUGUGGUAGAACUCCAAUUCACAUAGCUGCAAGUUUCGGUUAUACUGAAGUGAUUCGAUUUUGUUUAUCAGUUGGAGGGAACCCUGAGGUUUUAGAUAUUAAUAGAUGUAGUCCACUUCAUUUGGCUGCUCAGGAAGGUCAUUUAGAUGUUGUAGAAUGUUUAUUAGAGGCUUCAAGUUACGCUAAAUAUGCUUUGAACGAACAUGGGAAGACUGCUUUUGCACUUGCUGUUGAAAAUGGGCAUUCAAAUUUGUAUGAUUUGUUGCAUUUAGGUGAUGCCUUGAACAGUGCUGCAAGGAUUGACGAUGUUAAUGGGAUGAAGAGAUGCCUUGUAGAAGGGGCAAAUGUGAAUUGCAAAGAUCAGAAUGGAUGGACACCUUUGCAUAGGGCUGCAUUCAAAGGUCGAAUCGAGAGUGUUAAGGUUUUGCUUAACCAUGGUGCUCAGGUUAACCUUGUUGAUCAUAAUGGGUACACACCGUUGCAUUGUGCGGUGGAGGCAGGACAUGUUGAAGUUGCUUUGUUGUUGAUUGCUUAUGGAGCUAAAGCUAAUGUGAAGCGUCUCAAAGGUUUGGUUCCUUUGAAUUCUGAUUGUUUUAAGAAUCACCUUUCUCUUGUUCAGCCUUUGUGUCAUGAGAAGGAAUGAGCAUGACAGACAGAUGGAUUGCCUGUUUUCUUUUCUUUUUUUUUUAAUUUUUUUAUUUUCUUGUUGUAAUUUUGAAACUUGUACAGCGUUCUGUAAAUUUUCACUGUAUAAUGGGGAUGGCAUCACUUGCUUGGUCAGAGAGAGAAGGGAGAGUGUUCUGCUGCUCCCAACCAAGCUAUACAUUCGGUUCUGAGGAAAAACAUGGCUAAAAUUUUUGAAUCAUUCACUGCAUAUACUUUGAGAAUGGAAUUUACCUGCCCAGUUCUUCUAGUUGCCUUAUGUUUUGAUGAUUCAGAUCGAAUUCCCGCUUCUUCCAUUCUUGCUUUUUGGCUGUCGAUCCUUUCAUGUUCAAAGAAAUGAGAAAAUUCAUAUAAUCAAGUAGUAUUGUAAUAAUCUGAAGUUGGGUAUUUUAUCAAUGACCUGAAUUGGGAAAAGAAUAUACUUUCCUUUCUUUGGGUAAGUCAAAGGGGACUAAUUCCCAAGGAUUCCGUUGUUGGAUCAUUGGAUAUCAUAUGGGAUACUCGUGAAUUCUAUACUUAGGGUGUGAAUUUUGAUAUAGCUAGAAUUCCAAUUCUGAUUCAAACCAGCAAUCGGGCUUGCAAUGGCACACAAAUCAGAGACAGAACGUCCUUCUAAGAAACAUAGGUGAAUAAUAUAACUAUUGAUAUAAAUAUCCCAACAUAUGUUAAUUGGGGUUUGAUUUUAUUUAGCAACUCAUCUCAUCACCAAGUGUCGUUAAUUUUGCUCAGUUAAUGUCUAGCAGUAUGAUAUGUCAGUACAAAACUCUUUUUCACCACCGAAAUUAUGAGCGAGGUAUGUCAGUAUUAAUUUGUGGAAACACCUAAUAUGAGCGAGAAUCUAUGGGCUCUUGAUCCUAACAACGUAUGACAAACUUAAAUAUUUUUAUUGUCUACACAGGCAGUGGCACAAAUAAAAAACAUAAGAAAAAAUGGCUUCAUGCAAGACCUAGAUGUAUCACCAUUUAUGUUACAAUGCCGAAAAUGGAAAAAAAAAAAAAAAAAAACCUGAACCCUGACUAUAAAAUUAUUUGAAUUGCACAA